AUGACCUCGCGCGUUCCAGCCUCCUCCGCCGCUCCCUCUUCGCGCCGACCGUCGGCCUCAGCAAGGCGAUUCUCAAGGCGCCUCUCCUCGAUCUCCGGUCUUGAGGAUGGCGCCGUCUCUUCCCCUGGGCCUCCAGCGGCGCAGGCUAUUACAGAAGAAAUUGCGGAGAUAAAGCGCUAUGAGGACUUUACGACGAUAGACUGGGUUCAGGAUGCCGCUCAGGAACAUCUCAGGAGACGCGCCAGGCGGAAAGAAUCAAAGUUUUUCGAAAGAGACGGAGUAUUGGGAUGGCGCAGGAAGCUCUGGGAGGCCUAUGAUGCUGCGCAGGCCUGGAUAGUCAUCACGCUUGUGGGAGUUGUCAUCGGACUCAUUGCUGCUGCCCUCAACAUCAUUACUGAGUGGCUGUCCGAUAUCAAAGUAGGGUACUGCACAACGGCAUGGUAUCUGAACGAAGGCUUCUGCUGCUAUGGCUCGGAGGAAGGGUGCGAUGAGUGGAAGAGGUGGACUACCUUCACGUUCGCCAACUACCUCGUCUACACUGUCUUCGCCGUUCUUCUGGCCUUCGUCUCCGCCUACUUGGUCAAAUCUUACGCUCCAUACGCGGCUGGUUCUGGCAUCUCCGAGAUCAAAUGCAUUAUUGCCGGCUUCAUCAUGAAAGGCUUUCUCGGGUUCUGGACCCUGCUCAUCAAAGCUAUCUGCCUCCCUCUGGCCAUUGCUUCUGGACUGUCUGUCGGCAAAGAAGGCCCGAGUGUGCACUAUGCAACCUGCGUCGGGAAUGUCAUCUCGCGCUUCUUCGACAAGUACAAAAAGAGCGCUUCGAAGACCAGGGAGAUCCUGACAGCGAGUGCCGGAGCUGGUGUGGCUGUUGCGUUUGGCAGCCCCAUCGGCGGGGUUCUAUUCUCUCUGGAAGAGAUGUCUUCCCACUUCCCACUGAAGACGCUAUGGCGAAGCUACUUUUGUGCCCUUGUCGCCACUGCAGUUCUGAGUGCCAUGAACCCUUUUCGAACAGGACAACUCGUCAUGUUCUCGGUCAAGUACGAUAGAGAUUGGCACUUUUUCGAGAUUGUUUUCUACAUCGUUCUCGGUAUAUUCGGCGGGCUAUACGGUGCUUUUGUCACCAAGGGGCAUCUGAAGGUUCAAGCAUUCAGAAAGGAGUACCUAGGAAAAUAUGCCAUCCCAGAAGCCGUCAUACUGGCUGGCGCCACAGCUCUACUUUGCUAUCCGAACAUGUUUCUACGACGAGAUAUGACGGAGAUGAUGGAAAUGUUGUUUCGAGAAUGUGAGGGUGACUACGAUUAUGACGGACUGUGCGAACCAAAGAAACGUCUGUCUCUUAUCGGAUCCUUGUUUCUCGCCACGUUCAUGCGCAUUGGCCUCGUCAUACUUUCUUAUGGUUGCAAAGUACCAGCGGGGAUAUUCGUGCCUUCCAUGGCGGUCGGCGCCUCGUUUGGACGAAUGCUUGGGAUCAUUGUGCAAUGGUUGCAUGAAUCCUUCCCUGACUCACGAUUCUUCUCGGCUUGUCAGCCUGAUGUGCCGUGCAUCACUCCUGGCACAUACGCGUUUCUGGGUGCUGGUGCCGCUCUGAGCGGGAUCAUGCAUCUCACCAUCUCGGUCACGGUCAUCAUGUUCGAGCUCACCGGAGCACUGACGUUCAUCCUUCCGACCAUGAUCGUGGUGGGCGUCACCAAGGCAGUAGGAGAUCGAUUCAGCAACGCCGGCAUCGCGGAUCAGAUGAUCCGGUUCAAUGGCUUUCCAUUCCUCGAUAACAAGGAGGAGCAUAUCUUUGGCGUUCCUGUAUCGCAAGUGAUGACCAGCAGCAUGAGCAUGCUAUUCGCCGCAGGUAUGGAGGCUAAAGCUGCACAGAAGUUGCUCGACGACACGUCAUAUUCUGGCUUUCCCAUCGUUGAAGACAAAGACUCGAAGAUCCUUGUCGGCUACAUUGGCAGGACUGAACUGCAAUUCGCAAUAGGUCGCGCUAAGAAGCAAGGUUCUCUCGCCGCAGAGGCGAAAUGCAUAUUUACGGCCGAUCGUGAUGACGGUAGCGAGACGCCCGCGCCUCUCAGUCCAGCCGUCACUUUUGACGCCAUGGCAGUUCAGAGCGUUGACUUUUCCGCAUUUGUUGACGCGACUCCGAUCACGGUCCAUCCCCGCUUGCCCCUGGAGACGGUGAUGGAACUGUUCAAGAAGAUGGGACCCCGGGUUAUCCUGGUAGACCAUCACGGCCGACUCGAAGGUCUUGUCACUGUCAAGGAUUGUCUAAAAUACCAGUUCAAGGUCGAGGCGCAAGAGCACGCUGCCUCUAUCAGCAAUGACCGCACACCUCAGCAAGACCGGUUUGUCGAUGUACUCGGCAGGAUUGGCGAUGUGCUUUCAGACAUGAUUAACAACCUGUCCCGUGGCAAGUUGAAGCUUAGUCCUCGGACUGGCAAUGGAUGGGCGAGAGUAGCCGGAAAUGAUAGAGGCCAGAGUUUCGCAGAUGACUAUAACAAUGAGCGUGAGAUACUUGAUGGGACCGAAGAUGGGCAUGAGCCAGACGGCGUCGAGCUUAGCUCACGAUGA